CGGCCGCGUCCUUUAAACGCAGCUUUUUGGGCUUACCUAUGCUUGCUUAAAAAAAUACUCGUAUCCACCAAAUCCAACACCACCCACCUCUCUCAACAAGAUGCAGAUAUUCGUCAAAACCCUAACCGGGAAGACCAUCACUCUCGAAGUCGAGAGUAGCGACACCAUCGACAAUGUCAAAGCCAAGAUCCAGGACAAAGAGGGUAUCCCUCCAGACCAACAAAGAUUGAUUUUUGCUGGCAAGCAAUUAGAGGAUGGACGAACACUUGCUGAUUACAACAUCCAGAAAGAGUCAACACUCCAUCUUGUUCUAAGACUGAGAGGAGGAACUAUGAUCAAGGUUAAGACUCUUACAGGGAAAGAAAUUGAAAUUGACAUUGAACCAACUGAUACAAUUGAUAGAAUCAAGGAGCGAGUUGAAGAGAAGGAAGGAAUCCCUCCGGUGCAGCAAAGGCUGAUUUAUGCUGGGAAACAGCUUGCAGAUGACAAAACAGCAAAGGACUACAACAUUGAAGGGGGGUCUGUACUUCAUCUAGUUCUUGCAUUAAGAGGUGGUGGUAAUCUUUAAAAGAUGCCUGCUAAUGCUAUGUUAUCAAAGUUUACAUAAUUGAGCUCACACUCGAUGAUAUAUUCCAUGUGGGUCCAUAAUGAGACGUCGAUUGCCCCAUGACAAUGUGAUUUGUAUUUGUAUUUAUACUUGAGAUUUGGUGCAUUUUAUUCUGCAUUGCUUUUUGAGGGCUUG